AAACAAAUGAAUAAGAAAAAACGUUACAAAUAUUUAAGUGGUUUUCAAAUCGGUCGUUAAUAUUAUUUGUGCUGUAUCAGUUCUAUCCCAAAGUUAUCGAGAGAAGAAACCUUGAGUAAGUUAAAAGCAAUAUGUCCGACCGUGAGAACUAUGAAAUCGAAGAGUCGCCACGGAAGAAGCGCAAAGUCACCUCGACAUUAUCAAAAGAAAAAAGAAGCGGACAAUCGCACCCGACUGCGAGGAGUACGCCACGGCCGAGUGUCCUCAAUGAGCAGCAACAAGUUCGAGUUUCAAGCAGCAUCGAAACAUCGAGUUUCGUUGAAGCAUCGUUUAUUGUUCCACUAACACCUGCACUUAGAAGGAAUUUAAAUUAUGCAGAAAGGGCAAGAACAGAGUCUACUGAAUCCGCUGCAGAGAGCCAUUCUGAGUCGGAAAGUAAAGAGAACAAGAAACCUGAAAAAACUCUGGUGGAUUUUCUUGAUAGCUCUUUAAGCAGUUUGGUUGAAAGCUCUCUGUAUUCAGAAGAUGAAGAUGUCUUGAAUUACGAUGAUUUUUUUAUCAAAUGCAGAAGGAUUCUUUUAAAGGGUGCCAUUUGGCAGCUUUACAAACCGAUUACCGACGACAAGGCUUCCCUUUACUACCAAAUUACAACCGAUCCGAGAAACGCUGAGGUAUUGGCAAAAUGGUUUUCGGAAUACUGCAGAACCAAGCCGACCUACGUAGGAACCAUUUACUUGCACCAAUUUUACUUCGAUUGCGCUGGGUAUCAGAAGUAUAAUAUUCGAAAGGGAAAUGAAUUUAAAUUCCCUAUAAAUGUCAAUACUAUAAUUGCAAAACUGAAUGAUGUCGAGUUCACCAAUAGUGUACUGACCAGUACAAAGUUUUUAUUCUCAGAGAAAGCACGACUAGCGAAAAUCCUUAAAUACGCCAUCUACAACUUCAUACAGAAGUUCGUUAUAUCCCUGCAGGAACUUUUAACUGGAAGUAUAAUAAACUCGUUCAUAGAAUUGUUAAUAAGUGUGUGUAAACAGUGCGAGUUUAUACCAUUGGUGUAUACAGCGUUUAUUUUUGUAAUGAAAAUUUUGACCGGUUUAUGUAUCUUGAAGAAAAAUAUUAGUAGAGAUGAUAAAUACUUGGUAAAAGUCGAUGAUUUGAUUACUAAAUUAUAUUUGACGUUCAUAAUUAUGCGCUCGCAGAACGAUUACCGUUUCAUAUCUUUAAAAUUAGCCGCCUUAAACGAAUUAAAAUUAUGGAUUCAGUAUUACCCCAAUAUAUUCUUAAAUCAUUUCAAUUGUGUAGAUUAUUUGAAGUAUUUAAUCGUUAAUGAGUCCCGUACAGUACGACUAGCGACUUUAGACUUUUGCAUGAAAAUAAUCCAAAGCGACGAGUUUGCCCCUUAUUUGUCUCAUGCCACUAUAAACGAGCUAAGUAGAAAAAUCUGGGGUCGCACCUCUGACGCUGAUGAGUCGGUUGCACUUAAAGCCUUCGAGGUUUAUACUGAGAUGAUUAAGAGUUUUCAAGAAUAUGUAUGCAGAGAUGGCGUGAAUGAAAAACUUGUGCAAACAAUUUUCCAUAAGGACUUUAGAAUGGGCUCGGCAGCCGGAAAGUGCAUUUAUCAGUUUAUGCUUAAAGAAGCAAACGACAGCAUGACGCGUCUUAAAUUAUAUUGUAAAAUGUGUAACUUUCAUCCGAAAUUAAAAGCUGCUUUAGUCGAGUCAUUAAUAGACCACGACCCAAUAUUACAAGAGUGGGAACUUUACGUUCAAAUCCUAAUAAAUCCUAAUGACUACAAUUUCCCCGUGACAAGAAUGGUCGUUUUAACAGAGUUGGUCCUUGAGGCUGCCCACGUUAGUUUGACGGGCUGUACUACUAAAAAACGUUUUCAAUCAAAAACCAUGAGAUCGAUUCAUUAUAAUAAUAAUGACCUGUUAGCCAAUGCUUUUUACGGGAACCUAAAUGAAAUAGUAAGCGUGCAUUACAAAGAAAAGGAUAUAAUGACGAAUAUUUUUAAAAUAUUAAUGAAGGUUUCGCCUGAUUAUUUAAAAGAAGAACACCUUGAGAUAGCAGCCGAGCUAGUAGAAAAACUCAUCCCAACACUUUUCAUAAAAUUUAAAGAUAAUAAUUCCCUUAGCACUAUAAUGGACUAUUUAAUUUACAUGCAAUUGGAAGCAAACGCAGCGGCUUCAGCUGCCAUUGAUAACUUAAAGGAUUUCGUAUGUUUGAAGUUAAACGAAUUCUUGGAUGAGGCUAAUAUUGAAAAGGCAAAAUGUUUUGCUCUAAAAUAUGCAGUGCUGUUUAGUAAAAUUGAUUUAACAGAGAAGAUGGAGUGGACCAAGUUGCUUAACUCUUGGCAAUAUGCAAGUACCGAUGAUGAGUUUGUCGAAUAUGUCUUAGCCGCUUGUCAUUGGAAUCUAAUAUGGACGAUCAGAAGUGUUCGCAUAAAUAGCCGCACCGAGAAGACCGACAUCCCUAAAAUCGUGUUAGCAAUAAAAAAGCGAUUUUCGCAGUAUUUUUCAGUUUGUGACGAGGCAUUCAAAUCAGAAAAUCAGAGUGUCAGAUUGAAGGCAUUCGAAAGGAUAUGCGAAAGUUAUAUUAAAUUCGCACUUGAAGUGGAAAAUGUGAGCAAACAAACGCGCGACUUUGAGGUCCUCAAGCCCUCAAUGCUCGACGAUAUCGUUUCGAGAUCGCAACUUUUAAUGUAUUUUGAAGGAAAUGUCGAGGCCAGUUUGAACGAUGAUGCUGCCCGGACACGCUUCUGCAAAUUUAUAUUAAGCAUAUAUCAAAUGGCAUGCUUGGAGAUUCUUCCUGUAGACAGUAUCUCGGUUAUAUUCAAAUAUUACGACAAGUACCAAAACCAGUACGGCACGGUUAUAGAAACCAUAUUAACCAACAUUUUUAACAAGAAUGAAAACUGGUUACCAAUGCUGGUCGUGAACACUCUGUCUCUAUGUUACGAAGACGUGCUACACAAAUAUGGCGUUGUAGAUUAUAUGUCGCACGAAGCUAAACAAAUAUCCCGUUUGGCCCUUAGAUUGCAUGAGUUUAAAAACAUUUUUAAAGCGCCCAAAUCGGCGGCUAUGUUGUUGAUUUAUGCGAUAAAUUAUGCGGCACAGAACAAGUAUUACGACUUUUUCAUUUAUCUCAGGGUAUUCAUUGAAGAUGUGCAACAAUAUCCGGCUGAUGUUGAAUCUAUUUUAAAUACUGUAAAAGAAAAAGUACCACAGGCCGACACAAAAAACGACGCGGUACUUUAUUUUGUCGACCAAUUGAAGAAGGCUACCAAGAAACCGACGACAGUGAAAAAAGUGGUUCCUCGAAAAGCUCCUAAAUAUCCUAAGCUAAAACCCCAAAAAAAAGAACCAACUAAAACCAAAAAGAAGCAAACCACAAAAACCCAAAGCGAGCCGAAAAAACCGAAAAGUAAGGCAAAACCAUCUAAGAAGUUAAGUCAGCAAUCCACCGAAACCGAAGAUUCGGAAAAUAUGUCGAUUCAUGAUUCGUCUGAUAAUUUAAUGGAAUCAUCCGAUAUGGAAUAAGAAUUUUUGGAAUUUUCUGUUAUAGUUAUAGUAUUUGUUAAUUUUUGUAGUUUAAGUUGCAGGCAUCUUGUUUCCUAUUUUAUUCCUUGUGAUUUUACCGUUCUAGUCUUGUCAACUUAAUUUAAAUAUGUUUUGUAUUGUUUCAUAAUAAAAUAUUUAGACGA